AUGCUAUUCUUACCGAUUUUGUACCUAAGAAAAUGUCCGAGGGUAAUCUUAUUGCUUACUCUCUUUACUACGUUUUUUUUAUUGGCUUUUCUCCUUAUGGGAGCAUCCAAGCCAGCAAAAAGCUUCUCAAGCAUCUAUUUGGUUGAGUACAAAUUCAACCAAACAUCUCCGAUGUUUCCCUUGUUGGAACAAGCUUACAAAAACCAGGAUGCCAAAGGAUUGAGCUUGAUGUCAGUCAAGGCUGGCUACAUGGGAAUUUGUGUGGAUACUCCAAAGUUGCUUCAGGGAAAUAGCACAGAUGAAAUGAAAGAGCUUGGUAGCCAGAUCACUUGCACUUCUAGAGACUCAAUUGGAAAAUUCAAUAAGGAUUUCAUGGGCGUGUCACUGUACAGCUCAGGAACUAACACUACAGCUGCAUUUAUUGAUCUUGUCUCAAUAGUGGAUGCUUUCUCCAAUAGGAUGGUAAAACCGUACCUCCUAAUGGCUAUUUUGGUACUUUCAAUUUGUUUGUUUUGUAAUCUCCUUUACUCUGCGUUACCUUUCAUGCCUUGUAAACCAAUCGCCGAAAGGAGUGCGCUAGUUUUGUCAACCAUAACGUCUUUUCUUUGGGGAGUGGGUGCCAUGUGGAGCCAUGUAGCCUCUCACAGUAUUAGUAUUGUGCAGCCCAGCUCAAUGAGAAUAAUUACGGGCAAAGUAGGCCUAAAAGCAGAGAUUAUCACCUGGAUUUCGUUCAGCUUUCUUCUCGCGGUUUGUUUAGGAUGCUGGGGUCUAUAUCUGAGGGACAGAAGAAAUACUAGGAAAGCGGUGUUGCCAAUUGAGAAAAAGUUGAGGCAGGGACUCUAG